GCUACUCCAACAAUGUAAACAAAGGGAAAAACAACGUCAGUCUCUUCAGAAAAGACAGUAUAACAUGAUUACAUAUCAUUGAUACAUUAAACUGGCACAUUAUAAGAAGUAUUGAGAAUGGAUUAUUUUUAAUACUACUUUCUGUAUAUAAAUAUUAUUUACAUGACAGUUUGUAAGAAAUUUUUAUCCUACAAAGAUGGUGAAUACUCCUAUACCACACAGCCUGAAGUCAGAGGCAAAAAAAGCGGCAAAAAUUCUCAAAGAAUUCACCGUUCCCACAGCAAAAAUGGGACCUGACAAACUCAUACCAGCUGGAAUUUUCACAAAAGCAAAAGGCUUGGCAGUGUUAACGGUAGUGAAGGCAGGAUUUUUGGUGACAGCCCGUGGAGGAAGUGGUAUUGUUAUUGCCAAAAAGGAUGACAGUAUAACCUCAGGUUGGUCGGCACCAUCUGCGAUAGGUAUAGCAGGCAUAGGUGGAGGCUUUGAAAUAGGUGCAGAGGUUACAGACUUUGUAAUCAUUCUGAACAAGCGUUCUGCAGUAGAAGCCUUUUCAAAGGGAGGUAACCUGACCAUUGGCGGUAACUUUACUGUGGCAGCUGGUCCACUCGGGCGAAACUUGGAAGCUGAUGUUGCACUAAGAAGCACUGCUGCUAUAUACACAUACUCAAAAACUCGGGGAAUAUUUGCUGGAAUUUCUGUAGAAGGGAGUGCCCUUAUAGAGAGAAAGGAUGCAAAUAAAAAGUUUUAUGGUCGUGAUAUAAGAGCAUAUGAAAUCUUGCAAGGAUACGUUGAUCCUCCUGAAGAGUGUGCCUGUUUAUACGAGGUUCUUGAGGGUCACCGGAAACAAGCUGAGAAAGAACUUGUCAGGAUGGCAAAAAAGGAGGCACUAAAGGCCGCUUCUGGUGCUACAGGAGACCUUGACUUGAAGAGUAAAUUUAGUAGUUUUACAGGCUCAUUUAAGUCAAGACGGAAAUCUAAAGACAAAGAAGACAGUUCACCAGGGAAAGACUGGGACUCUGAUGACUCCAGCUCUCCACCUCUAAGUAGUAAAACUCCGCCUCUAGGAAGUAAAACUCCGCCCUCAGGAAAUAGAAUAUUUUCAAAACGCAUGACAAAGACCACAAAGACUGUUACAAAAAAUACAUCAAGCAAUUAUAAGUCAUCAAGUCCAGAGUUUCACAGAAGCCAUCAGAAAUCAGCAGGAAAGACGAGGCCCAGAUCAGUCUCAGGGGCUAGCAAUUUGUCUACUGGAUCUAAUGAUUCCUGGGACCUGUGGGCUACAGCCAAGCAUCCAUUUGAAGGACAGCUACCAUGUGACCUGUCUUUUAGAAUAGGAGACAAAAUAGAAGUUCUAACACGGACAGACACAAAAGAUGAUUGGUGGGAAGGGCGAUUCAAAGGAAAUGUUGGAAUAUUUCCUGCAAACUAUGUUCAAGUCAAAUAUUGAAAUCCUUGACAUAUAUCUCAGAGCUGAACCUUUCUGAAAACUAUGCACACCUAUUUGCUUCAAAAACCUAAAAGACAAAAUAAUACAAAAAUAUACAUGAUUAACAUUUUUUAAACACAAUUCCAAAGUAAAAAAUUGUGUAAAGUUUUUUCUGUACACUGUGCUACGCAAAAUAAUUUUGUGAUGAGAUAAUACAUUCCUAUAACUAGUCAUUUUUAAUGUCUCACUUGUUUUGUUUUUUCAAAGGUCAGGUAAUAUUUACAUUUUUUCAGAUCUGUUUAUUGUAUUUGCUUAAAAACGACUUUUUUUUUUACUGGAUUCAGGCAAGUCUUAUCAGGAGAAAAAAAACAUGCAUAAACAAAUAAAUUCACAUGCUGUUAAUGCUUGUUUUUUUUUUUUUAACUGCAAUCAGGGCUGAAUAUUUAUUCUUCUGCAAAUGAACACUGAGCAUCGUUUGGUUUCCUAUUUUGGUAGCAUGAAAGUUGCAAUACAAUUAAUACUAUGUUUUGCUGGUUUUGCUGCUAACCCCAACACACCCCAAAUAGAUACACCUCAGCUAUGUGUUCACUAGCUAGGACCACAAUGGAAAUAAGAAAACUUUAUGCUCUCUUUUUGUGUUAUCCUUGGUAUUGAUUAUAUGUCAUCUACAAUUGCACUUUAAUAUUGACAUUUAUUUUAUAUAAUGUUGACAUUGAAUUUGUAUUUAUCUUUGAUAUAUUGUCUUUUUUACCACAAUAAACUUGUCCAGUAGUUUAUUUCUAGGAAUCAUAUCAGUGAUACUGGAUGUAUUAACCUAAAUAAUUUUAUACAGUUUCUCAUAAUUCAUGCUAUAAUUUAUUAUCAUUUAAAAUUGAGUUCCUGUUUACCGUAUUAUUAAAUGAUAUACUAAAGUAUUGUUAACAUUAUGUUUGUGAUAAAGAGAAAUUAGUUUUAUCAUUUAAAAACAUUGAAUACAUGCAUUUGGUAGUGUUUUUGAUUUAAUUUGACACAUUUGUAUUACUGUCUCACACAGGCAACAUCCUUCGGGAUUCUGAUGUUAAUAUACAAAAGAAGUUUUAUUAUCUAUUCUGUAUCCCUACACAGCUUCUCUAAGAUAAACUGGAGCUCUGUUUCUUAACAUGUACAUUCUUAGUUUACAGUCUUAGACUUACAAAUGACAAAUGUUUAUUUUGUUUCAACUUCAUUCACAGUGUAUCUAGGAUUUAUUACAAACAUUGGCAGACAAAACAUCGACAUAACAGAACAUAGGUCUGACAAAAUAACAAGAGACAAUUAAGCAGAAGUCUUGUGGACCAACAAUGUAUGACUGACAUUGUUUAACGAAGGUCCAAUCUCAUUUAUACUGUUGAACGUGUGAUAUUUAUGAAAAAAGGAAUGAAAAUAAAUUGAUAAAGAGUCAUGUUUUGAAGAGAUAGUAUUAGAGGGGUCAGAAGAGGGGUCAUAGUUUUACUCUGUGUGAAAUUGCACAUAAAUCAACACCUUGUAUUGCAUAUCAUAAUACAUCUUUUUGACAAAAAGUCAUUUUGAUAAAAUAUAAAUGCUAGUCUGAUAAAAAAUUAUAGUUGAUUGAACAGUGAUUGAAAUACAAAAUGACUGAUAAUGAUGUAUAUUUACAUUCGCCCAAUCCUUUUCCUUUAAAAAUUAUGAUGUUCAUUUCGUAUGAACAUCAGAAAGAAAAGGCGCGAAAGUUACGUCAGGGAGAACGUUCCUUAGAUGACGUCGCAAUUGUUCCGUCUGGUGAACAGAAUGGCCGGAGAGCUGAUUUUAAUGUUAAAUGCCACAAAAUAUGUGCAAUUUAUAUUAUCUUGUUUACAAAUGGAAAGGAAAUGUAAUAGAUGAAAAUAUUUUUUUCAGUGUUCAUGCGAAAUAAACAACAGCAUAGGAUCGGCAAAUUAAACACGUAUUUGCAGAUCCUAUUCUGUCGUGCAUUUCACAUGAACACCAAAAAAAACCCAUUUCAUUUCUUAAAUGUGCAAUGACAUGAUUCCAUGUGUUUUAGCAUUAUAUAAGCAUUACGUAACAGUAGUAUAGCAAUUAUAUUGUAGAUGUUUUUCAAUACUUUUUAAGGUUUUUUUUUUAUGUUUUAAUUGUUAUGCUGGCUAGAAGAUUUGUUGGCCUUUUGUCAGUUUGACAAUCUGUCUGUCACUGUUUUGUCAAUAUUGCUUGCAUGAGUCUUUGUGCAACUGUUAGGUCCAUUAAAGUUUGUCAGUUAACAUGAUUAAGGGGAAAAAAAAUUUGAAUACUUAAAAGGGUUAGUUUUGAUGGCUAGUGUUUGUGCCUUGGUAAGGUUUUGUGAUGAUUAUUGUAUGUUCAGCUUCAGGAUGAGAACCUAUGAAUGUAGAAAAACUGACAGAUUAUUAUUAUAUGAUUAUGAAUAUUUGGUCUGUAGUAUCACUGUAUAUGGGGUAGUGGAAUCAAUGUAACAUUUGUUAUUUCUUUCUUUUGUUAUCCUAUUAAAGUUAGAUGUUAUGGGAUCAUAUUUUCUGUUCACUGUAAAUACUUAUAUAUUGAUUUUUAUUUUUAGCUAGUGACAGAAUGAGCUUUUGUGAUCACCCUUCGUCCGUCAUCCGUCCGUUCACAAUUUCCUUGUGAACACAAUAGAGACCACAUUUUGUAUUUGAUUUUGAUCAAACUUGCACACAACUUGUAUGGACAUAAUAUCUCGCUUCCUUUCGAAAACUGGCUAGAUUCCAUCAUGGGUUCCAGAGUUACGGCCCCUUAAAGAGCCAAAAUUUGCUAUUUUUGGCUUGUGAACACGAUAGAUACAACAUUUUGCAAUCAACUUUAAUCAAACCUGCACACAACUUGUAUUGGCAUAAUAUCUCUGUUCUUUUUGAAAACUGGCCAGAUCCCAUCAAGGGUUCCAGAGUUAUGGCCCCUUAAAGGGCCAAAAUUUGCUAUUUUGGGCUUGUGAACACGAUAGAGACAUUUUGCAAUCAACUUUAAUCAAACCUGCACACAACUUGUACUGGCAUAAUAUCUGGGUUCCUUUUGAAAACUGGCCAGAUCCCAUCAAGGGUUCCAGAGUUAUGGCCCCUUAAAGGUCCAGACUUCGCUUUUUUGGCUUUUGCAGCCAUAUAGAGACUUCUUUUUAUAGUUUGAUUUGAUACAAACUUGCAAAAUAUCUUCAACAACAAUAAAACUUGGAUUCCAUGAUGAAUCUGUCAGAACCAACAAAGGUUCCGGAGUUAUUUUAUAUCUAAUUACCUCCGGAUUUUAAUCAAAAUGGAUUUAUAUCAGUAAGUACUUAUAGGACUCGCUUGAAAUUUUAUUAUUGUCAUUAGUUGGACUGAGACAAUCAGGGUAGAUAACUAUGAAUGGAUUUUAUGUCAAAUUACCUCCCUUUAUUUCAAAUUAAAUGGGUAUAUCUCAGUAACUAAUGAAGAUACUGAUCUGAAAUUUCAUUUAUGCCAUCAGAUUGACUUUGACAAUCAGUGAAGAUACAUAUUGACUGAAUUUAUGACAAAUUACCUCCCUUUUUUAUGUAAAUGAAUAUACCUAGCAGCUUCUAAUGAGAUUGGUUUGAAACUUUAUUUAUGUCUUCCAUGGUAAGAAAUAGUCAUGUUAGAUUGAACGUAUAUAAAUAUGAAUGCUUUUCUAAUAUAUUGUUAUAAAGGCUUGUACUCUGUAUCUUCUACGUGCAUAUGCCAAUGCAUGAUUACCUCCCCUGAUUUUAUGAAAAUGGAUUUAUCUCAGUAAGUAUUUAUAGGACUCAUUUGAAAUUUCAUUAUUGUCAUUAGUUGGACUAAGACAAUCAGGGUAGAUAACUAGAGACUGAUUUUAUGUCAAAUUACCUCCCUUUGUAUCAAAUUAAAAUUGCUGUAUCUCAGUAACCAAUGAAGAUACUGAUUUGAAAUGUCAUUAUGCCAUCAGAUGGACUCGGACAAUCAGGGUAAAUAACCUUUGACUGAAUUUAUGACAAAUUACCUCCUUUUAUUUUAUGUAAAUGAAUAUACCUCGGCAGCAAGAAAAUGUUUAUCUUGAUGAUAUUUAAUGUGUAUGCCUAUGUGAUCUUUGUCAAACCUUGAUCUUAUCAUUAAGAGCAGUGGUACUCAGGUGAGCGAUAUAGGUCCAUCAUGGCCCUCUUGUUUUAUGUUUAUCUAUUGUUAAUUCCAUUGUUUUAUUUGUGUCAUAUUAUAUGUCAGUUCUCAACAUUACAGAAAUUUUACCUUUAAUCAAGGUCAAAACUUUAGCUUUGUAGAAUGAUGAUAUUUAGAAGAUGUAGUCAUUACUAUAUAGUAUGUAAGACUAUCUGGAAUUUCAUAUUGUUUAUUAGCCCACCAUCAUCAGAUGGUGGGCUAUUCAAAUCACUCUGCGUCAGUGGUCCGUCGUCCUUCUGUCCGUCCUUCCGUCCGUUAACAAUUUCUCGUUAUCGCAUCUCCUCAGAAACUACCAGGGGGAUUUUGACCAAACUUUGUCAGAAUGAUGUAUUGGUACCCUAGUUGUGUCCCCCUGAAAAUCAGACUGGUUCAACAAGUUUUUAGUGAGUUAUGGCCCUUUGUUUAUUUCUAUAAUUUACAUAGAUUUAUGUAGGGAAAAACUUUGAAAAUCUUCUUGUCCAAAACCACAGAGCCUAGGGUUUUGAUAUUUGGUAUGAAGCAUCAUCUAGUGGUCCUCUACCAAGAUGAUUCAAAUUAUUUCCCUGGGGUCUAAUAUGGCCCCGCCCCGGGGAUCACAUGGUUUAUAUAGACUUAUAUAGGGAAAAACUUUGAAAAACCUCUUGUUCAAAACCACAGGGCCUAGGGCUUUGAUAUUUUGUAUGUGACAUCAUCUAGUGGUCUUUUACUAAAAUUUUUCAAAUUAUCCCCCUAGGGUCAAAUAUGGCCCCGCCUCGGGGGUCACAUGGUUUACAUAGACUUACAUAGGGAAAAACUUUGAAAAUCUUCUUGUCCAAACCACAAAGCCUAGGGCUUUGGCAUUUGUAAUGUAGCAUCAUCUAGUGGUUCUCUACCAAGUUUGUUCAAAUUAUACCCCUAGGGUCAAAUAUGGCCCCGCCCUGGGGGUCACAUGGUUCAUAUAGACUUAUAUAGGGAAAAGCUUUUAAAAUCUUCUUGUCAAUAACCUACAACAUUCAAAUUUGGACCACAUGUUUGGUUUUGAGUGGCAAGAUGAACCUUGACAUGAUUUGACCUUGAUUUUGACCUAGUGACCUACUUUCACAUUUCUGUAGCUACAGCCUUCAAAUUUUGACCACAUGUAUAGUUUUGUCAAUUAAAAAAAACUUUGACCUUGACAUUGACCUAGUGACCUACUUUCACAUUUUUGAAGGUACAGGCUUCAAAUUUGGACCAUAUGCAUAGUUUCAUAUUCCGAAAUGAAAUUUGACCUUGAUUUUGACCUAGUGACCUACUUUCACAUUGCUCAAGCUACAGCCUUCAAAUUUGGACCACAUGCAUAGUUUUGUGUACCGAAACGAACUUGGACCUUUACAUUGACCUAGUGACCUACUUUCACAUUUUUGAAGGUACAGGCUUCAAAUUUGGAUCACAUGCAUAGUUCUUUGUUCCAAAAUAAAAUUUGACCUUGAUUUUGACCUAGUGACCUACUUUCACAUUUCUCAAGCUACAGCCUUCAAAUUUGGACCACUUGAAUAGUUUUGUGUACUGAAAUUAACUUUGACCUUAAGAUUGACCUAGUGACCUAUUUUCACAUUUCUGUAGCUACAGGCUUCAAAUUUAGACCACAUGCAUAGGAUUGUGUACCGAAACAAACUUUGACCUUGACAUUGACCUAGUGACCUACUUUCACCUUUUUGAAGGUACAGGCUUUAAAUUUGGACCACAUGCAUAGAUUUGUGUUCUGAAGUGUAAUUUGACCUUGAUUUUGACCUAGUGACCUACUUUCACAUUUCUCAAGCCACAGCCUUCACUUUAGGACCACUUGCAUAGUUUUGUGUACAGAAAUAAACUUUGACGUUAAGAUUGACCUAGUGACCUACUUUCAGAUUUCUCAAACUACAGCCUUCAAACUUGAUGCACAUGCUUAGUUUUGUGUACAAAGAACUUUGUCCUUGAAAUUGAUCUAGUGACCUACUUUCACAUUUCUCAAGCUACAGCUUUCGAAUUUGGACCACAUGCACAGUGUUGUGUACUGAAAUGAAAUUUGACCUUGAGGUAGUCAAUAAGUCUUGAAAUUUGGAACACUCAAAAAUGGCACAUUGGUGGGCACCAAGAUCACUCUGUGAUCUCUUGUUUACCUUAUCAGGAUGUAUAGAUCUGUGAUAAUAAUUGUCAUUAAAAUUCCAACUUCACUACUUGUGCUCCCGAGGUAGGCAUGCAUGUAACCCUUUCGUGAAGCUGUUUGGGAUACAGGGAUUUAUAGUUUUGAAAGGAGAUAUUACACUCUAACAAUCUUUUUACAGAAUGUGCCAUUAUUGUCACCUUUUAAUGAACAAAUACAUAAAAAUCUUCACCAGUUGUUACACUAACAUUUACAUUUAACAACUUUUGAAUGAAGGACUUUUAAGCCUAAAUAAGUCAAUGUAUGUACAAUCAAACUUUGUUAACUAGAACUCGGAUAAUUCAUACACCACCCUUCUCUUGAACUUGUCUUUGGGUCCCGGAAAUAUCCCUAUAUAAUGAAUUUUGUUCGAUAUCUGGAACAAUCGAUCACUCAAACAAAUUUUGUAGGUCCCGUCGAGUUCAAGUUAAAGUUAGACUGUAUAUUUAAUUGUAUAUACAUAAACUGUUGAAAGCGUCGAUGAUAUUUAUUUGAUUUAGUGUAAGAUCCGUUAAUAUCUUACUGAGUGAACACCAGAUGCAGUAUUUUCUGUGAAUGUAGGCGCUGGUUAUCACAAAUGUGAGAUAUUUUAACAAACAUUUUUUUCUUAUUAUUUCAUGUCUUACCAAGUUGUACCUAUUUUGUAGUUCCAUACCAGUGGAAAAGUUUUUCUCUGUGAAAUUACCAGAUAUAAUUCACUUUAAUUAAUAGUAGUGUAAUUAUGAUAUCCGUAUAGAUUUUCUUAUAUCAGGAUGUACAAUCAUGAUAGAAAUUGUCUGCUCUAUAGAUGAAAAAAAGAAGGAACAGAAAAGUUUAUUUUUUAAAGACUAGGUGUGUAUAAAUUUGGAUGAAACUAUCUGCUGAUCUUUACCGCUGAUGUUUUAAGCUCACCUGAACUUUUGUUAGCAUCUCCUCUCCAACUACAUCUCCUCUCCAACUACUGGUCAGAAUUUCUGGUCUGUAACAGCCUGUCAGGAAACUGUUGUAACUUUUUUCAAAUGGUUACACAGCAAAGAAAUUAGACAACCUGUUUGCAUGAAGCUUUGUGGUGUCAUUGUAUGGACCUCUCCCAAGAUUGUUAAGAGGCUCUGCUGGACCCCUUAUAGGGGCCAUCAGAGAUAAAAAUAGGAAAAAAAACUUUUAACAACUUCUUCUCAAGCAGUUGAUGGAUCUUCACGACACUUGGUCUGUAGCAUCAUUAUGCUGACCUCUCUCUAGUUUGUUCAAAUGGUUUCUCAAGGCCUUGUCAGGGUCCCCUUUAUCACAUUAAACAAAAUCAUUACAUUUAAUGUCCUGACAUUAAAGGUCAAAUGGUUGAGGUCAGGUGAUCCUCUUUAGAGUAUAUUGACCCUCUUGUAUUACCAUAAAAACAACUUUGAUACUGGUAAAUAAAUAUACAUGUGAUUUUCAGGUAUAAGUGACCAAAUUUGGUAAAAUAAAAACUGUAAGAAUAUCCUUAGAAAGCCUAAAAUACAACUAAACAAAAUACUAUCAGACUUUGUGUGAUUGUGUCUGUUCAUCUUCUGAUCCUUUCUCUAGCUUUUACAAAACUUCACAAACAAAUUCCUCAUCAGUACUGAGUGAUAUAUUUUUUCAACAUUUUAAGAAGAGUGACCUCAACAGAUUUGUUUUUCAAGUUAAACACGUUAUGGUCUGAAUCACGGUUUGUUUUGUAAUUUUCAUGCAAGACAAUUAUUAUGUUCAUGUUUUAACUUCCAUUGGGUACUACAUAAUUGAGCCGUGCCAUGAGAAAACCAACAUAGUGGGUUUGCGACCAGCAUGGAUCCAGACCAGCCUGCGCAUCCGCGCAGUCUGAUCAGGCUCCAUGCUGUUCGCUUUUAAAGCCUAUUGGAAUUGGAGAAACUGUUAGUGAACAGCAUGGAGCCUGACCAGACUGCGCGGAUGCGCAGGCUGGUCUGGAUCCAUGCUGGUCGCAAACCCACUAUGUUGGUUUUCUCAUGGCACGGCUCAUAUGAACAAAGUUUUUACAGUUCUCUGUUAGUUGUUGGAAUAACUCAAAAAUAUAUAGUACUAUUUUUCUUUUUAUUCCAUAAUCUAUGUGUCAGUUAUAUUUUUAUUCCAUUGUCUGUGUGUAAAUAACAUUUUCUGAUAUAUAUUUUGAAAAAAAGUUAAGUUUGAUAAACACUGUUGUUACUUUUUCUUGGUCAGAUAUUCAUUUGUAAAUCUGUGAUAUUAACAACAUACAUUAACUCAGUAAAAAAAUUCAACUACA